CACUCACUCAGUCAUUCGCGUUCUGCCGGUUGUCGUAGUCGUCUGUAGAGCGGUCACUGCGCGGUUACCGGUAUCUCUAGUGUCCUUUGAUCAAGUUCUCAAUCCAACACAUUUGUUGUUAUUUGAUAACAUUUGUGUGUGAAAGUGAGAACUGUAAAGUUGUGAAGUAGGUGAGAACAGUUUGUUAAAUUUCCCGAAAGUACUUUGAGGUAUGGAGUGGGAAGGGCCGCCCAAGCAAGGCUUGUACGACCCUCAGAACGAGCACGAAGCCUGCGGUGUUGGUUUUGUUGUUGCUAUCGACGGAAAACGUACCCAUAAAAUCGUCCGAGAUGCAGAGACUCUCGCAAAACGCAUGGAGCACCGCGGCGCGUGCGCCUGCGACAACGACACGGGUGAUGGCGCGGGAGUUCUAACCGCUAUCCCGCAUCAGUUCUACUGCGCUCAGCUCAGAGAUACUCAUCAGAUCGACUUGCCUCCUUUCGGUCGCUAUGCCACCGGCAUCUUCUUCCUCGACAAGCUUCACCACCAGGACAUCGAGAAGAAGUUCGGAGAAUUGGCCGAGAGCCUCGGUCUGACUGUGCUAUGCUGGCGCACUGUACCCACCAAUAAUUCCACCAUCGGUCAGGUGGCUCGUAAUUCGGAGCCAUUUAUGCGUCAAGUGUUUGUUACCGGAGAUUCUGACGACGAACUUCUAGCCAGACAGAUAUUCGUACUGCGCAAGAGAGCGUCCCAUGAGCUGGUGGUGCCAGGAGCUAGGUUCUACAUCUGCAGUCUUGCCCUCAAGACUGUUGUCUACAAGGGACUUCUUACUUCUCAGCAGCUAUGGGAGUACUUCAAGGACUUGACAAACCCUGCGUUCACCACGUACCUUGCGUUGGUGCACACCAGGUUCUCCACCAAUACUUUCCCCAGCUGGGAAAGAGCUCAUCCUCUGAGAGUCCUCGCUCACAAUGGCGAGAUCAAUACGUUGCGAGGUAAUGUCAACCUCAUGAAGGCGCGCGAGGGCGUCAUGAAGAGCGAACUCUUUGGAGAAGACCUCAAGAAACUCUACCCAGUCGUAGAACCAAACCUCUCAGACUCCGGUUCAGCUGACUGCGUGCUAGAAUUCCUCCUCCACGCUGGCCAGCGGUCCCUUCCCGAAGCUGUGAUGACCAUGGUGCCCGAAGCCUGGCAGAAUGACGUCACCAUGCCUAAGGAGAAGAGAGAUUAUUAUCAGUGGGCUUCUUCUUGUAUGGAACCCUGGGAUGGGCCGGCUUUAGUGUCGUUUACUGAUGGACGGUACAUUGGUGCCAUUCUGGACAGGAACGGUCUCCGCCCGUCCCGAUUCUAUGUAACGAGUGAGAAUAUCCUCGUUAUGGCUUCUGAAGUAGGUGUCUACGAUGUAGACCCUGACAAGGUCAUACUCAAGAGUCGUUUGAAACCCGGUCGUAUGUUGCUGGUUGACACUGAGGAAAAGAAACUGGUUCAAGAUGCCGAACUCAAGAUGGAGAUCGCACGGAGCCGACCUCACUCUGAGUGGCUUCAAGAUAAGAUGAUAACAAUGGAAGACAUUCACAAAUCCGUAACGGCUGAGAACGGCAACAGUGCCGUGGUUUCCAACGGCAACGGCACGGACGGCCACGAGAACGGCGGAGUCAUCACGGGGUUGGCAGAUAAAAGGCUCGGGUUGUUUGGAUAUACUAUCGAGUCUAUACAUAUGCUGUUGCUGCCUAUGAUUCAGAAUAAAAAAGAAGCGCUAGGCAGUAUGGGUAACGAUGCCCCGCUGGCCUGCCUGUCGCAGUUCCAGCCGAUGCCUUACGAGUACUUCAAGCAGCUGUUCGCUCAAGUCACCAACCCACCUAUUGAUCCCUUCAGAGAAAAGAUAGUAAUGUCACUGCUGUGCCCGAUCGGCCCCGCGCCGAACAUCCUGCAGCCGAGCGCGGAGUUCGUGCACCGCCUGUUCCUGCCGCAGCCGAUACUGUCGCUGCCCGACCUCUACGCCUUGAAGCAUACCACGCAUAGAGGCUGGAAGACAAAAGUGAUCGACUGCACAUUCGACUACCUGGAAGGACCUUCAGGCAUGGAGCCAGCACUGGGCCGUAUAGCGGGGGAAGCUCAUGCGGCUGCUGCUAGCGGCUACCAACUCAUCGUGCUGUCUGAUAGGCAAGCUGGACGCUGUCGAGUGCCUGUUAGCACUCUUCUAGCUUUAGGUGCUGUCCACCAUCAUUUGAUUGAGACUCGUCAACGCAUGAAGGUUGGGAUUAUCCUCGAAACUGCUGAGGCUAGGGAAGUGCAUCACAUGUGCGUUUUGUUAGGUUACGGCGCCGACGCAAUCUGUCCCUAUCUGGCCUUUGAGCUGGCCUUCUCCCUCCGCAACGACCACAUUUUAGACCCCAACCUCACCGAUGAGGACAUAUACAAGGCCUACCAGGGCGCCAUUGAGACAGGCCUUGCUAAGGUCAUGGCCAAAAUGGGGAUCAGUACCCUACAGUCGUAUAAGAGUGCACAGAUAUUUGAAGCAGUGGGCUUAUGUGAAGAAGUCAUUGAUAAGUGCUUUAGAGGCACACAGUCUAGGAUUGGUGGAGUGAACUUUGAGAUCCUAUCGAAGGAAAUCUUUGACAGACAUGCAUUGACUUAUGGCGAAGUCAAAGAUGCACUGGUUUUGAGGAACCCCGGCAACUACCAUUGGCGAGCGGGCGGAGAGAAGCAUAUCAACGACCCCAUGUCUAUCGCUAACCUGCAGGAAGCUGCCAUCAAUAAAAGUUCAUCAGCUUAUGAUAAAUACAGGGAAAGCGCAUUGGAAUCUAUCCGUGCGUGUACACUACGUGGACAGUUAGAGCUCGUCAAGUUGGACGAACCUAUACCGCUGAGCGAAGUAGAACCCGCUGUUGAGAUCGUCAAGCGAUUCGCUACAGGCGCCAUGUCGUUCGGUUCGAUCUCGUUGGAAGCGCAUACAUCGCUCGCUAUUGCCAUGAACCGCAUCGGCGGCAAGUCCAACACUGGAGAAGGCGGUGAAAAUGCUGAUAGAUAUCUCAACCAGGACCCCGAGUUCAACAAGCGUUCAGCGAUCAAGCAGGUGGCGUCGGGUCGGUUCGGCGUGACGGCGUCGUACCUGGCGCAUGCGGACGACCUGCAGAUCAAGAUGGCGCAGGGCGCCAAGCCCGGCGAGGGCGGCGAGCUGCCCGGCUACAAAGUAACAGAAGACAUAGCCAAGACCCGUUGCUCAGUCCCCGGCGUGGGGCUGAUCUCUCCCCCCCCUCACCACGACAUCUACUCCAUCGAGGACUUGGCUGAACUCAUCUAUGACCUGAAAGCUGCUAACCCAAGAGCCAGGAUAUCUGUGAAGCUGGUGUCUGAAGUGGGCGUUGGUGUUGUCGCUUCGGGUGUGGCUAAGGGCAAAGCGGAGCACAUAGUGAUCUCCGGUCACGACGGUGGUACGGGCGCCAGUUCGUGGACGGGCAUCAAGAGUGCCGGCCUACCGUGGGAACUGGGCGUUGCUGAGACACAUCAAGUGCUGGUGCUUAAUGAUCUCAGAUCCAGAGUGGUGGUACAGGCGGACGGUCAGAUCAGGACUGGUUUUGACGUGAUGGUCGCCGCUCUCCUCGGUGCUGACGAGUUCGGAUUCAGUACUGCACCUCUUAUUGCACUGGGCUGCACAAUGAUGAGGAAGUGCCACCUGAACACGUGUCCCGUCGGCAUCGCGACACAGGACCCCGUGCUGCGAAAGAAGUUCGCCGGCAAACCUGAACAUGUCAUCAACUAUCUGUUCAUGUUGGCUGAAGAGGUCCGCCAACACAUGGCCGAGGUAGGAGUCCGUCGCUUCCAAGACUUAAUCGGUCGCACCGACCUGCUGAAGGUGCGCGAGAACAACGACAACCCUAAAGCCAGGAUGCUGAACCUCAGUCUUAUACUGAAGAACGCGCUGCACAUGCGCCCGGGGGUCAAUAUUAUUGGAGGGUCCAAGUCACAGGACUUCCAACUAGAGAAGCGCUUAGACAACCAGCUGAUAUCUCAGUGCUCGGCGCUGUGGGACGGCUCGGCGCAGCACGUCGACGUCAACAUGAGGAUCAGCAACGAGGACCGCGCCUUCACCUCCACGCUGUCUUAUCAUAUUGCCAUGAAAUACGGCGACGACGGUCUCCCAGACGGCAAGACGGUGAACAUUUCACUGACCGGAUCUGCCGGACAGAGCUUCUGCGCCUUCCUGUCUAAGGGCAUCACUGUCACGCUUGAGGGAGACGCUAAUGAUUAUGUUGGUAAGGGCUUAUCAGGCGGCAAAGUGAUCAUCUACCCGCCGAAGGCGUCGCCCUUCGAGUCACAUCUCAACGUUAUUGUCGGCAAUGUGUGUCUGUAUGGAGCUACUUCUGGACGCGCUUAUUUCAGAGGCAUAGCAUCGGAGCGGUUCUGCGUCCGCAACAGCGGUUGUGUGGCCGUAGUGGAGGGCGUCGGCGACCACGGCUGCGAGUACAUGACGGCCGGCACUGCGCUUAUCCUGGGGCUUACUGGCAGGAACUUCGCUGCGGGGAUGAGCGGCGGUAUCGCAUACGUGUACGACAUCGACGGCUCGUUCUCUGGCAAGUGCAACCACGAGAUGGUGGAACUGCUGCCUUUAGAGCUGCAGGAUGACCUGGACUAUGUGCAGCAGUUGUUGCAAGAGUUCCAUGAGUAUACUGGCUCACUAAUCGCCGAAGAAUUCCUGAAAACUUGGCCGGAGCCAGCCAAGAAGUUCAUAAAAGUAUUCCCCUAUGAAUACCAACGCGCUCUCAAGUCCAUGGCGGUGAAGCAGCCGACACAACGCAAGGUGGAGACUAACGGGAAGGCGGAGAAUGGAGUGCUGGAUAUUGAGGAAACUGUCAAAGAUGUGGAGCUGGAAACUAAGAAUCUGGAGAAGAUUUUGGAUAAGACUAGAGGCUUCAUAAAGUACCCCCGCGAGACGACAAUGUACCGUCCGGCAGAGAAGCGUCUCCGCGACUGGGAAGAGAUCUACAACAGCGGACACGUGCGACGCGGCGUACGAGUACAGGCGGCGCGGUGCAUGGAGUGCGGCGUGCCGUUCUGCCAGAGCGGCCACGGCUGCCCGCUCGGCAACAUCGUGCCCAAGUGGAACGACCUCGUCUACCGGGGGGACUGGAAGGAGGCGCUGCAGCAGCUGCUGCAGACUAACAAUUUCCCAGAAUUCACGGGUCGUGUAUGCCCAGCGCCGUGCGAAGGAGCUUGUGUACUGGGCAUCUCAGAACCGCCUGUCACUAUCAAGAACAUCGAAUGUGCUAUCAUUGAUCACGCCUUUGAGAGCGGAUGGAUAACGCCUGAUAUUCCUACGUACAGAAAUGGUAAAACAGUGGCUGUAGUCGGAUCCGGCCCCGCUGGUCUAGCCUGCGCACAUCAAUUGAACAAGGCUGGCUACACAGUAACAGUAUUCGAGCGCAACGACCGUCCCGGCGGCCUGCUGCAGUACGGCAUCCCCACCAUGAAGCUCAGCAAGGAAGUCGUCGCCCGGCGCAUCAAGCUCAUGACUGCUGAAGGCAUCGCCUUCAAAUGCAACGUCGAUGUCGGACGCGAUAUCUCUGCCAGUGAUCUGGCUAAUGAAUACAACGCCCUAGUCCUGUGCAUGGGCGCCACCUGGCCUCGCGACUUACCCCUGAAGGGUCGGCAGCUGAACGGCAUCCACUACGCCAUGGAGUUCCUGGAGACCUGGCAGAAGAAGCAGAUGGGAUCCACCCAGCACCACCAGCAGAACAACCCUGAGCUUAAUGCGAAGGAUAAGGAUGUGCUGGUUAUUGGAGGUGGUGAUACUGGUUGCGACUGCAUAGCGACAUCGCUGCGUCAGGGUGCCAAGAGCAUCACGACGUUCGAGAUCCUCCCCGAACCCAAGAAGUCCAGGGGGCAGGACAACCCCUGGCCCCAGUGGCCUAGGGUGUUCAGGGUGGACUACGGUCACGAGGAGGUGAAAGUAAAGUUCGGCAGCGACCCGAGGAAGUUCUCCACACUCACCAAAGAGUUCUUGGAUGACGGUGAAGGCAACGUCUGCGGCGUAUCAGCAGUAGAAGUGGAGUGGACUCGCGGCGCCGGCGGGAGAUGGGAGAUGAAGGAGCUGCCCGGCACCAACAAGGUGUACAAGGCCGACCUCGUGCUGCUGGCUAUGGGCUUCCUGGGCCCCGAGAGAUAUGUCGCCAAUCAGCUGGAUCUCCCCUUGGACGCGCGCAGUAACGUGGAAACAGAGAAAUCUAACAUUUACAAGACUCCCGUCAGCAAUGUCUUCGCUGCUGGAGAUUGUCGCCGCGGCCAAUCUCUCGUAGUGUGGGCGAUAUCGGAAGGCAGACAGGCGGCCCGCGCUGUCGACACAUACCUCUCCGGCAAGUCCACUCUGCCGGGACCCGGCGGCGUUAUCUACGACCAUUGAACUAUUUAUACGCAGAGUAUGAGGCGCUAGUGGUAUCGAUAUGUAAGUUGGCACAUCAGUAAAUUAAGAGUAUAUAGUAGUAUGGUAUUCUGACAUGGGUAUCAUGGCUGAGUUUUCGAAAAAUCAUUGCUAAAGAUAUAAGUUUAGAUCGCCAAGUAUUAGGAUGUGUCCUACGUGGGUGUAUGACAACGUGAAAGCGAUACAAAGAUUCAAAAAAAUCGAUUGUCUGUUGUUUUCGCGUUGCAUCUAGACCGCUCACAUAGGACGUAAGCACUAAAAAAAAUAUAUUUUUGUUUAAAAGCGAGAACAUCUCAUCAACAACUUACCGCUACUAUUAAGUUUAGUUACGUUCUGAUUUACAUAUCGAUAUCUUGUAACCUCGUACUCAGCAUUCAGGAUUUGACGUGGCGAUCAUGUAUUGACGCUACUAUACAUAUUAGGUCCUGCCCUUUACACAAUGGCCGAUAGAAGGCCCAUUGUGUAUAGCGGUUUUUAUAUCAACACAACUUUGUGAUGGAGAUGUAAUAUAAUAUCACUUUAUAUUCGCGUCCCAAUGACGACGGUGUGUUUCAAUUGAGAUUAAAAAAACUUUAAGAACAGUAUUUAAUUUCCUUCAAGAAAUAUCAACAAUUUAUUUUAACUUUCGAGGAUUUAUCCAGUCCAUACGGUCGUCAAAACAAUGUCUUAUAUCUUAUAUCAAAGAUAAAUUGCGUUGUUAGAACAUUAGGGCCUAGACCCGCUUUGAUAUACCAACGUUAACCAAAACUAGAUCUUAUUAACAACUGUGUAAAGUUGAAUUUUAAUCAGUGUUAUCAUCAUCAAGUUUCAUCAAUGUAUAGUCGUUGAAUAUGACGUUUUUAUAUUUAAAUUAUUUAUUUAGUUAAUCAAUUUGAACGGAGCGACAAUAAUAUUUGAAGCUGCAUUGUAAUUUAUAUUUUGUUUAUCUAAAAUCGUUAUGAAUAGGCUACCGAAUAGAUUUUUUGUAUCUCUAAAAUCGAUGAAAGUCGCAAAAAAAUAAUAAAAUGUAUUCCAAAUAAUGGAAACUACGAGCAUUUUAAUAUUUUGAGCGAACGUCAUCUAAGUUAGAUUGUCAACUGCAACCCAAGUGUUGAAUUAGAAUAGGAAAAACUUUUUGUCAAAAAUUGAAAUUAAACACUUAUAUAUUAAAAAGAAACAUCGGCAGUCUAUUUCUAAGCAGAAAAGCCGAGAACACAAAACAAUGGUAGUCGGUAAUACUUACGUAAUUCCGACGUACAUUUUGUAGAUUGUCGAAUACUAUUGUAAGAUCUUAAUUUUAUUCUAAGAUACCAUAUUAUUAUACAGUUUGAUAUAAUCGUUUUUUGUGUAAUCACAUUCCGUUUUUUAGACUUUUUGGUCGUUAUUACGUUUUAGAGAGAAUUUUCAUUAAUUAUACAUAUCUCAUGCCAAAUAUUGUUUUGGUUACGCAUAGAUUCGCAUCAAAACUAUUAUUUACAAUGAGACGAUGAGU